AGAUAUUCCAACACCAACACACUAAUCGUCAGUCUAUCUCUUCAAUGGAGCAGGAGGUGGUUGCGGGGAUGAAGCAGAAGAAGUGCUGCCCGCUCCGGCGGUCGCGCAAGGGCUGCAUGAAGGGCAAGGGCGGCCCGGACAACCAGCAGUGCCCCUUCCGCGGCGUCCGCCAGCGCACCUGGGGCAAGUGGGUCGCCGAGAUCCGCGAGCCCAACCGCGGCGCCCGCCUCUGGCUCGGCACCUUCGCCAGCGCGCUCGACGCCGCGCGCGCCUACGACGCCGCGGCCAGGGCACUCUACGGCGACUGCGCCCGCCUCAACCUCUCGGCGUCGCCGUCCCAGAUGCAGCACCCUCCAGCUCAAGGCAGUGGUGGCGCCAACGGUAAUUCGGCGCCGGGGACGCCGUGCUGCUCCUCCAACAACUCCAACUCCAGCGCGUCGACCCCGACCGGGACUCCCACGGACAUGGACUGCAGUGCCUGGAUGCAGCCGUCUUACUGUUACAGCACGGCGGAGGCGCCGGAGGACUUCGAGGCGUACGUGACGCGACUGCCCAAGGCGGAGGACUUUGGACUGGAGGGGUUCCAGGAGGUGCCCCUGGAGGUGCUGGCCGAAGCCGGAGGAGGGGUCAGCAUCUGGGACCUCAGCAUAGCCCCUGAAAUGGCAGCAGCAGCCGCUUCUUCAGCUGCUGCCAGUGCCUGCACUGUCCCCCAACAGCCGCUGCAGCAACCCAGCUGCUGAGGUGCAGAUCGACGUCGACAUAGAAAGUAAGGAGUGGCCGUGAUAUAUAGUGCAUAUACAGCAUGCGGCAUGCUGGUCACUGGCCGUGGUGCAUGCAGCUAGAUAGCUACGUAGUUAGUACUAGUAUUUGCUUUUUUUCCAUCGUCGCAGUAGCAUACUAGCAUUAAUAUUGGUGGGCAGGUGAGCGUGCAAGUGUGUGUAUGAUAUAAUCGUGCGUGGGAGCAGGGGUAAUGAAAUGAUCAGUCUAA